UACACAGACUGUGCUCGUUCUCUAUCUGUGCCUCUCUCAUAGCUCCUAACGUCUAACAAUAGCUCAACCUUACCAUCCUCUUUGCAGUUCUCCAUCCUAUCACUCCAUCAUUCCUUCUGUUUUUUCCAUUUCUCUAUGGACCUAUUCCUGUCCACAGCCUGAGUUAAUCUUCUAUCCAACACCACCGCCAAGGCUCUGAAACCAGAAUCCUUGUACUGGUUUUUAUUUUUUCCUCUCUGUCUUUUUUAAGCAUUCUACUUUCUUAUCACAGCACACACUAUCCCUUUAUUGGGGAGCCCCUCUGCACAACGCUCUACAUAGCGACCUACUUCCAUUUCGAGUGUUUUUACUCCCCUUUGACCAGCCGUAUUGUCCUUGUUUCCUUGCCUCACUUCUUGAAUUAUGGACACCUCUUACCCUCGUGAAGAACUGUUUUUGACACAGCCUAAUAAGCCGGACACUGUUCAUACCGUCAUCACCAUUGGUGCACCUGCACCUCCCAGAGAUCACCUGCUAUGGUCCUUGUGUAAUACUUUGUACCUGAAUCUCUUCUGUCUUGGAUUUAUGGCGUUGAUCUACUCUGUUAAGGCCAGAGAUCAGAAAGUACAAGGGGAUGAGCAGACUGCCCGACGUUACGGUCAGAAGGCACGAUGUUACAAUAUCCUGGCUACAGUGUGGAACGUCACACUUCCUGUCCUGCUUGUAGCACUAGUGAUCACAGGUAUUGUGCACCUGUCACAGGUAGUCAAUGCUUCUCUGGACCUCUUCAACCUUCGAGGCUUCAUCAGCAACAAUGACGAAGACAAGAAGUAACCUACAAAUAGCUACAAUAAUUAUUCAUCUUCAAACAGACGAUGAAUAUGAUGAUAAAAAGCAUACUACAUGCUAUUGGGUUGUGAACACAGAACAAAGCAACAGACGCCAGAAACCACUGAGCUCUGGACACAUAAUAAGAGAGCAGCAAUAGAACAAAGUCUACGCCUGUCCCUGGUAACCACAUCAACAGCCUGAUCCAACAACGUCUCCAAAAAUGAACCCACAUCCGAGUUUCCAAAGAAAAACGAUUUCAGUAUUUUGUCACAACGCAAUAGGACACAAGGUGGACAUACUGUUGGUAUCUGCCAAUAUUAAAUGAAAAUUAAUCCUGCACUAUGCCUUAAAGUCCACCAGCAAACCUUGUAUGUUAACUAUGAAUGAAUGGUAGAUAUUGAG